UAUUUGGAUUGUUUAACAGGAUAUGACGUCAUAAAGCAACUACGUCAAGAGACGUCGUUUAGUUCCUGCGUUGAUGCCGUUGACAACAGAAACUGGUUGCGGGAGGUGAAAGACGGGAUCAUUAGUUUAAGCCGCGGGAUUAACAAAUAUAAUCAUAAAUGCGUUAUAAAGAUACAGAUGUAGACCCUGGCGGGGAGCCAAAGCCUGGGGAACAAGUUUCUACUACAAACACGAAAAGUCCACAGAUUGGAAAACAUGUCCAAGACCCGGACUCUAUGCUAAACACAUUUAUACAAUGGGUUACAAAACCUGAAAAGGGCAAGAAAGUCGUAAAACCAAAGCAGCAAAAAGAGAAACCGGAGAAAGUGACAAAAAAGCUGAACUUUUUGAAGAAAAGUCGCUCCGACAAAGGCGCAACAAGUGAAGAGCUUAAGCUUCUCAGAGAACGUCUCUCAAGACUAGAGAGUAACCCUUUGCUACAAAAUGUGCACUUUUCACGUCCAUCUACGCCACAAGCAAUACCUAGCACCAGUACUGGUGAACCAAGUAACAACUCAUGUGUUGAUAGAUACCGAGUGAUGUACUUGUUGGUCAGGGUAGAACAGGAACUAGACCAUACAAGAAGGGUUGUGCACAACAUGCAAGAAAAGGGCGCGAAAAGAUCACGAGUUCGCUCUGUGUCAAAGGUCAUGAGGCAAAUCGACAACCUGCGGGACCAACUUCUGCGCAUCCUUGGCAACGAUACUGAUACAAUUGAACGCAUUGGCGAUGCAGACGACAUGGAGCUGUUCUUUCAGAACAUCGACAGCAUUUGUUCUGCUGCACAGGAAAUCACGUUUGAUGGUGAUGGAAACGAGGCUCUAUGUAAAUUGUUGCUUGAAAACAACGAUAAACCAAAUGGAGUCAUCACGUUGAAAAACGGAAAGGUAAAAAUGAAAAAGAGCGGGUCCUCGCCAGGUGAUCUUAAAGCUGUGUUCGGUGUUGACAAAAAGGACGCCGUGCCAGACAGCCAUUAUUAUAAAAAUACUAAAGAAGCGUUAGAAAAAUACAGAAACAAGGGUGGUAACUCUGACGGAACACGUCCCGGAAACGGCGAUAGAAACAAGCUCGUGUAUAAGAGCGAGGCCGUGGACAGUUGGUCAGACACCGACACGGACGAGGAAAUGUCCGCACUGGAGAAAUGUGAUGGUCAGAAGUACAAAUGGCCAAUGCUCAACACAAACGACGAGAAACGCAUAGAGAAAGAGAAAAAGUUACAUACGCUUAUGACUGAAAUAGAUGACCUCAUGGAUGAAGUUGGCCUCACUGACAACAAGGCACAUAGCAACGGUAUAACCUACGAGGUCCUCAUGAUGGGCAGUGGUGAAAUGACGAAGGUAACGGAGAAGAAAGAAAUCCCAAAGAAGAAGGUGAAGAAAUUCGACACAAACCCCGACAAGUUCAAGGCAGCAAGAUCUAAAAUCCCACUGAAAAAGGCACGAAGCCAGCCAGAUCAGUUUGUGGAAGAGUUCGACAAGUUGCUCAAUGAAUGUGAUAAGAGUGAUAGGAAAAAAUAAAAAAGUCAAUGUAAAUGUCACACAAAAAA